AUGUUUCACCCUAGUCGCGCUACUGUUGUGGUCCGCAUGUCCAACGAGCUAUCAUUGAACGACUUGGACGCUCAGUUGGCUGCCUUGGAAGGCUCAGAUGAUGGUGACAGUAGUAGUAGUAGUAGCAGCGAGGACGAGAAAUCUCCGGUGAAAGCGGUUCGGGAAGGAAAGAAAAGGAAACUAAAUGAUGAAGAGAAGGCUCAGGAAAAGUUGUCGAACAAAGUGUUGCGGAAAAAGAUGCGACAAGGCCUUUCGAAUUUGUGUUUUUCUUUUUUGACGGGAAAGUGCAAGUUCGAGGAGGGAGGCAAGUCUUGUCUGUUCAGCCACGUGAAGCCGGAAGAGAUGACUGCCGGUGAUAAGGCUGAGCUUAUCCGGGAGCUUCGGCAUCGAAAGAAGUUCGAUCCGGCCCUCGCUAAGGUUGCGCAGAAUCUCAACAUUCCCAUGUGCCGUAUGUACAAGAAGACUGGACAAUGCAAACAAGGGGAGAAGUGCAAAUUCUGGCACCUGAGGAACGAGCUGGAUGCGCGGUGGAAAGGAAUGGAAUAUUGGUGUCAGACCUGUUUCCUUGGUUUCACAUCGGAAGACCAGCUGAAGGAGCACAGGAAUGGCAAGACGCACAAGGCGAAUGCCUCGUGGCAGCAAUAGCAGCA